GGCACAGGAGCCAUGCGCGCCCCGCGGAGCCACCAGGGAAGCGGGCGCGUCCCCGAGCGCCCGGCAGCCUCGCAGAUUAGAGGAGGCGCCCGGACCAGCCUCCCCCCGCCCCCCUGGUCCCUCCCGGCUCUCGCCCAUUCUGCAGCCUCCAAUCUGCGCGCCGGGGCCUGCCCGGAGCCGCCGCCCUCCCGGCCAGGCCGGCCCCGCGCCCGGGCCCCGACAUUCGGCCGGCGGCAGCUUCGGUUCCGGCGGGACGGCGGCGGCUCCAGGAGGCUCCAGAGUCAUGUCUACCCAGCUGUUCCAAGGGCAAGAGCAUGCAACCAUUUAUCAGAAACACAGGUUCCCUCCCUCCCAGGAGCUCCUUGACAUCAUUUUCUCCUAUUUAGAAGAAAAGAAAGGCAAACCCUAUGACUUGGUCGUGGACGUUGGCUGCGGCUCGGGCCAGAGCACCCAGGUCCUGGUCCCCCACUUUGCCAGGGUCCUGGGGACAGACAUCAGUGAGGCUCAGGUGCAGCAGGCCAGGCAAGCGCACAGCUCCUCCAAGGUGUCUUUCUGUUUAGUGCUGCAGCUGCAGCUCCCUCCUAAGCCCCAAGCCUGCCCAGAGGCUCAUCACCCGCUGCUCCGCCCUCUGCCCUUCCCCAGCUACUGUUCCCCAUGGGCAGCGAGGGAGGCUCAGGCCCACAGGCUGCUGGAGGAGGCCACAAACCCCUUCUGUGACACCAGCGGUGGGCCAGCCUCCAGAAUCAUUCUCCAGGGAAGUGAGGUUCCCUUUACGGUGGCCGGCCUGAUGGGAUUUCUCCAGUCCUUUUCCAUGUUCCAGACGUUUAAGAAGGCCCAACCAGAGGCGGCCGCGGCCCUCCUGCACCAGACCCAAGCCAGGUUCCUGGAGACCAUGAAGGCAUCUUCUCCCGAGACCCCGCUGGCCUUGAGCCUGGAGUACGUCUGCGUUUUGGCCUGCAAGGCGCCCGAGGAGAACGUCUCCAAAUGAGCCCAACUCCUGUUCUGGACCCGGUGUCAAAUGCAAUAAAGAUUCCAGAAUCCCAGUCCCGGGCA